AUGUUAAUUACUGUUAUAUGCCGACAACUAUAUCUCUUUGCCCCAGCGUCCUGGAAGACUCGCUCGAAAAAUCCGUCAGAAAAUGCAAGCGGGAAAUCAUUCUCUGCACGCACAUGUUACGUGCUGCACGGCAUGUUGGUCCUGAUACACGUCUUCCUCACCAUGUCUUAUAUCUCUCGCUGGGAACACCGUGUGACUCUCCCAUUCACGCCCACGAACACCGAUUUUUGGCCUGUGGUACUGAGCGCUUCACUACAAGCAUUUUACACGCUCUAUACAGUUGUCCUAGUCUUCCUUACCCAACGACUUGCGAUGUCGAGGACGCUUGUACGCCGUCUGAAAUUGACCUCGAUCCACGACAUCUCCGGCGCAUGGGGAGGCCUUGGCUCCGCACUCAGUAGUGUCUGGAAACAAAUUGGUGUCCCUGCAUCAUCGUGGGCGACUACCGCAGUGACAACCUACCUUAUAUGCAUUUCUGUCCUGCACGUCACCUCUUCCACUCUCCUACAAUUUCAAACAUUCAAUUCUUUUAUGACGACUAAUGUGUCAACAACACUAGGAUGGGUAGAUCCAUCAAACUUCACCCUGGACUGGGUUGUUGAGAACUGGGAGGUCGUCACUGCAUCCUUACCGGCUAUCAGUCAAUUUCCUGGACUUAUUUCUAUAGGGUUAUCCAAUAAUACAGUUUACGACACCUCGCGGACGAACUCCAUCGUCGGGUAUGCAACGGUGAAUGCCACAACGAUGACCUCGAGUUGUGGAUUGCUUCCAAAUGUCACAUACUCUCUGAAUCAAAGCACAGCAAGUGCUCCAUUUGGCAAUGGAAAUGUUCUCUUAAUGACUUUGGGGAACCUCCGAUACCGGCACCUGCGGUAUCUGCGAUGCCUGCGGGAAACACGAUGCCUGUGGGAAAUACGGGUGCAUCGAACCCUUCGUGUGUGUAUGGCCUGCUCGGAAUGUAGUCAUGAUAACAAACCUUCUGCAAAUUCGAACACAUCCAUUGAAGUCUAUUUUGUGCAAUGCUCGCUGUUGACCAACAAUAUCACAGUAGUGAUCGAUAUGCAAACCAACGCUCUACAGAAUCCGAUCCCUAUCUCGCAGCCAUCCACGCAAUGGGGGGAAAUGCAUCAGUGGACAUCUACCCCGUGGUCAAUAUUUACUUUACCUUCACCGCCAUCCUACAAUGCCUCAACCACAGUCUUUUAUUCUAGGUAUAUCAUGUCAUUGGUAGGAUUGAAUCUCACAGCUCAGUAUGACCAAUGGGCCGCCGGCGAAGAACCUCCCGUUUCUAAUUUCACCCUGAGACUGGAUAAACUAGAAGCUGCUAUUGCGCAAACAGUUGCAGAAGUCACUUGGAUCUCAACCAGAAUGGGAUCCAAUGGAGGAGUUCCACCUGGUGAGGGGAUGGCGCUUGUCGAUGAGGAGGUGAUUGCCCUACGACUCAAUCUGCUAUUUGCGACCUCUGCGUCAGUGAUCAUGUUGGGAUUGGCUCUACACAUGACAGGAGCAUUCGAUGCAUCCCACAACAGCCAGGCUGCCAUCCAAAAUACAGGCGCACUGCAACUGUUGUGGUUGGGUCAUCAUUCGCCAUCCGUCCACGAAGCUUUGGAAGAUGUGGAGCAUCCGACGGAGGACAACUUGCGUCGUGCAGGCAUGAUAGAUGUUUGUUUUGCGAGGACGACAUCCGACGAAGAAGAGCUGCCAACGAGGAGCUCAACUGAUAGUCCCUCUGUCCAGGGAGUUGACCACGGCCGUGAAAAUGGGAUGUAA